GGAGGUUUGAUAGGGGCUGCGCUCGCUCACGGUUUAGUCGUUGUGGCGUUUGUCUAUGCUUAUGGGCACAUCUCCGGCACGCAUAUCAAUCCAGCUGUGACACUCGGCUUGCUGAUAGCGGGAGAGAUCGAAUUUGUGGCAGCGAUCGGUUACUGGAUUGUGCAAUUUCUUGGCGGGAUCCUGGGCGCGGUUCUGCUUAACGUCGUGCUGCCGAAUCCAGGCGAUCUGGGUGCAACAAUUUUGACUGAAGGUGUUACGCCAGUUCAAGGGCUUAUUGUAGAAAUUGUGCUCACCUUCUUCCUCGUCAGCACAAUUUUCAAUACCGCUGUGAGCGGGAAAGCAGGCAAUUUCGCUGGUCUCGCGAUUGGACUCACACUGAUAGCAUGUAUCCUAAUGGGGGGUCCCUUGACACGGGCUUCUCUCAACCCAGCGCGGACAUUGGGACCUGCUAUUGUCAGCGGCAAUUACGCCGACAUUUGGCUCUAUUUCGUGGGACCGUGCGUCGGUGCAAUCCUCGCUGCACUUCUCUAUAUCGGUGUUUUGAAAGACAAAGGAGAGGCGUAG